GUCCCAACGCUACUAAAUGUGUCCCUGACACCAGAACAGCUUGAGGCGGUGCAGGUUAUGGUGCGGAUCGAGGAAAUCAACCGGAUGAUCCAGACAGAUUCGUUUGUUCCUCCCACAAGAACAAGGUCGCCGUCUCCGCCACCGGUGUACGAUGCGAGCGGGAAAAGAACCAACACACGUGAACAGCGCUACAAAAGACGGUUCGAGACCGAAAGAGGCCGCUUGAUAGAAAACGCGCUGCGAAACAUCCCUGACUACCGUCCUCCUCCCGACUAUCGCAGACAGACCAAGACAAGUGACAAAUUGUACAUCCCGGCGCGUGAGCACCCCGAAAUAAACUUUAUUGGGCUGCUGAUGGGGCCCAGAGGCCACACAUUGAAGAGUAUCCAGGAGAAAAGCGGCGCGAAGAUCGGGAUCAGAGGCAAAGGGUCUGUGAAAGAAGGUAAAAACACGGCCCUGAUACGACCGGACCAAAACAAUCUAGACGACGAUUUGCACUGCCUCAUCACGGCCGACUCGGAGGAGAAGAUCCAGAAGGCCAUGAAGCUAUGCGGUGAGAUCAUCCAGGGCGCGAUCAGCGCUCCCGAGGGCCAGAACGAGCACAAACGGGACCAGCUCAAGCAGCUGGCCAUUCUGAACGGAACCCUGCGGGCUUCGGACGAGAAGCUGUGUCUGAACUGCGGUGAGAAGGGCCACAAGAGGUACGAGUGUCCAAAUCUUGGGAAACAGAGCUUUGCGCAGUCGUUGGUGUGUUCGCGCUGCGGCAACAUUGGUCAUCUGGCACGCGACUGUAAGGCGGACUUGGAGGAGACCGCAAGACACGGCAGAGAU